GACAGGAGGUCACCUGUGGUCUCCUGAGGGCCGCAGCCGCAGGUACCAUGUUCCUGACCACCCUCCUCUGCCAUAAUCGCAUUCCUGGCAGACAGUGGAUUGGGAAGCCCCGGCGGCUGCGGACCGUGUCUUCCCAGGCGAGGCAGAACACGAUCCGUCGCCUGGAGAUAGAGGCGGAGAACCACUACUGGCUGAGCAUGCCCUACCUCACCGCGGAGCAGGAGUACGGCCACGCCGCAGAGCACAGGGUGGCGGCCUUCGAGGCCAUCAAGGCGGCCAGCAUGUCCAAGUUCCCCCCACACAGAUUUGUGGUAGACCAGCUUGAUCAUCUCAAUGUCAGCAAGAAGUGGUCCUGACCCAGAGGCAGUCACAGGGCUGCCACCUCUGGACUCAUUCUGGAACCGAAGAAGGAGGAAAAAUGAUCCUUUGGACCAGUCUUAUUGAACAGCAAGCAUGAGUAUAGUGGUCUGCGUAUAGAAUAUCUGGAGCUCCAAACUCUUUAAUA